CAGGGAGGAGCACGACUAAGCUCCGGAUUCUCCAAGCAAUUUACUAGGAAAUGUGCCGGCUCAGAUAUUGCGAGUUUUUACUCGGAUACUGGAUUAUUCUUCUGCAUCUCUGUCUGCAAGGUAACGCCCGUGCUUUUAGAGGUCCGAGUUUCAUUAAGGAACCUCCGAACAAAGCUGUCUUCCACAACUCUUCUGGGGCAGUUGUCCCAUGCCUCGCCACCGGCGUGCCACAGCCUAAUGUGUAUUGGACUAAAAGUGACUGGACACGUCUUCCAAACGUUCCAGGAUUGCGUCACACUCGUCAAGAUGGAUCGCUUGUCUUCCAACCUUUCAGAGCAGAAGAAUAUCGACAAGAUGUUCACGGUGCUGUAUACAGAUGUGUGGCUUCAAAUAGUUUGGGAUCUAUCGGAUCAACAGAAGUUCAUGUCCGUGGAGGUGGAACAUCAGCAUCAAAUGCAGACUUCCACAAUCUUCAGACAGUACAGAAUAAGACUCUUGGAAGAAUUGUAAAUGCUUAUUACCUGAUUAGAAGGAAACUGAUUCAUGAAGACUUGAAAAUUCAACCUAUAGUGGACCACAUUACUAAACUUAAUAAGCCUUUCUUCAGAACUGGACAUAGCUGUGAUGCUGAAAAUGUUUCAUAA